AUGUCAUCUGUAACUCGACGCCAUCUGUUAAGUGAGUCGAAUGUCAGUUGCCAGAAGCAGACGCAGUGCACUUCACUUCCAGCUGACUCUCCUGCACAGAGAGUCCAAAUGGAGUCUGUGGCACAACCACCGGGACCUUCCGGGGCCUGCAACCUCUUACGGGUGCCGGGCCUCCACCCCCUGGAGGCGGACGACAAUGAGUGCGAGGUGGAGACCGGCGGCAUCCGGCCCAAAUCUUCUCCUCGCCCUCGGAGAAGGAGCGACGACAGCGACGAGGAUUGGUUCCCCGAGCCGCCCGUGUCCGGCUCCAGGAGGGUGUCCUUCGCGGACGCCAAGGGCCUCAGUUUGGUGCGCGUGAAGCAGUUUGACGCUUGGGAUGUACCCCAGCUGCCAGAUUACGACGCUCCCGAGGGCGUCGGCGUCGAUGCGGAGUCCUACUUCCUAUCGCCGCUCACUUUCUCCCUUCCGUUGUCGACCGAGGAGCUGUUCGCCAGAGUGCGAGAGCAGAGAAUGGAACUGGAGACCGUGGAGAUGCUUCCGGGCACCACGACGCUGAGAGGAGUGAUCCGCGUCCUCAACGUCUCCUUCGACAAAGCGGUGUACGUCCGGACCUCUUUGGACGCCUGGUCGAGCCACUUUGACCUCCUGGCAGACUACGUGCCCGGUUCCAGUGACAGGCUGACGGACCGCUUCUCGUUCAAGCUCACCCUGGUGCCGCCGUUCGGGGAGCAGGGAGCCAGAGUGGACUUCUGCCUGCGAUACGAGACUCCGGUGGGAACGUUCUGGGCCAACAACAACGACAGGAACUACGUGGUGUUCUGCCACCGGAGAGUGAAAGAGAGGACAGGAACGUCCCAGAAGGAAAGAGUCAACAAAAAAAGCUGCCUUAGGACCGUCAGUCGGAGCUUCUCCGUUGCGGAAAAGAUUUCUGCUCCGGAAGCUUCAUCUCAGGAAAACGUCUCAACAGAUGUUUCCGAUCACGGAGAGAUAGCAGACACUGUGAAAACGGAGCAAAUCUCUAACGGCCAAUCAGGAACUUCAGAAGAGGAUCGACAGAAAUUACUGGAUGAGAACCGGAGGAACUGCAGCCAAAGGAGUGGCCGAAAGGCGGCGCGGAUGGCUCGGUUGAGGGACUACUUCUCUCAGAGAAACGGAGGACCGGAUGACACCGAAAGAGAUGAAUCCCCUCCGGAGGCCAACCAGGCAGCUCGAGAAGAAACCGCGGAGCCGAAGCACUCGGAUGUGCCAUCCUCUCCUGAGGAGAGCAGUAAAUCAGAAAGUUGUCGUUUUGUUUCUGAAAUUCUGGAAACAUGCGGCGAACCUCUCGAUGUAGGAAACGAAAGUGAUUGGAGGAAUCCAGUUCAGGCUACGCUGCAUGCUGGAGACUUAAGUUACCGUCACACGGAAAGAAGACACACUCGCUGCUCUGUCACAUCAGAUGCAAGCGGUAGUAACAAUGGCGAGGUUCAGGAACGUGUGAUUCAGAGUCGGGAGUCAAACCAUGAAUACUUACUUUCAAAUAGUCUUCCCAUGGAAAAAGAAGAAACAGGGUUGAGCGUGUACGACAUCUCGGACCAUGCGGAAACUCCAGAUCCAGAUGAGAUUAUACAGUCAGACCACAGACAAACAAAUCCAUCUGAGUUUCCUAAAGUUAUUCUUGGAGACGCAGUCGCACAUCCACAUGCUGCAAGCGUUUUAAACACAGAUUUGUUGAAUCCACAAAAACCCGCUGCGAGUGUACGUCUCCAGGGAGAAGCACAGGAAGACAAUCUGACCCGUGACCCCAAACUGCCCGAGCGUACAUGCACGCAAACCGAAGUUCAUGGAGAUGAAACGCUUACAGACAGUGAAACACGAAAAGUUGCGUCCUCAUUUACGUUAAGUCGACCUCCCGGGAGCGUAUCGGAGCGCGUCGGCGACGCAGACGACUGUGAGCUUGUCCACGAAUCAAAGAAAGAGGAUGGCGUUUGCGAAAAAGCAACUAUAUCAACAACCGUUGAAGCCGCGGUUUCAGAGGAGGGUAACGCAUUCGAAGCUUUUCGCCAUUUGAAUCCGAAACACGGGGAUAAUUCAGCGACGGAAGAAACUGAGAUGAUCAGCGUUUCUUCUUGUGACAUCGUGGAGGAGAAGGAUGUCGCAACGCCUCUUGAAACUAAUAACGUGGAAGAAGGAAGUAAAGUGGCGAGCAACUCGCCGGAAGAAGAAACGAAACACGUGGCUGAAGAAGAGAUCAUCGGUGAGGAGGCCGGUGACAUGUUCGUGGAGCUCGGGGACGUAGAGCGUCGUGAAAUUGAGGCCGUCGAGAAACAGGGGGAUUCCUGUUUGGCAGACACUGCUGAGGUAAACUGGGAAAUGAUGGUUGAAGAAGAGGAGAAAAGUACAUCAACCGAUGAAGAGGAAAGUGAGGCAAGACGUUCGCAAACGGUAGGAAGAGACGAAGGACGGUUGGGGGACGCAGAGGCACUAGAAAGCAAAGAGGCGGGAAAAGAGGACAAAACUGUUUGGGAGAGGGAAAAGAACGAGGAAGAGGAUGGAGAUGUUUCAGAGGGCAGGCUGAAGAUUGGAGAGGAAAUUGGUGAGAUUAUGGCAGGAAAAGAACGGGAGGAAGUUGCGAAAGAAUUACAAUAUGUUCACGCUGCAAAUGAAGCUGGAGAAGAAGAUCUAGCUCAGGACAUCGAAGAAGAGGAGAGAGAGAAACGAAAGGAGUCUGAGCUGGAGGAAGAAAAUCACGCUGCAGAGAUACAUGAGGUGGACAUUGAAAACACAGAUGUCCAAAAUGAAGACGACACGGAAAUAGACCUGAGCGAUGACGAUGAAGCAGGCGUGGAGUGGGAGGAUCAGGUAGAUGUAGAAGAGGAGAAUCCGGAUUACGAGGAGGAGGAAUGUUUUGGAGAGUCUGAGAUCGGAGAUGCAGAGUCGGAUAUCGAAGAUGAAGAGUCGGAGAUCGUAGAUGCAGAGUCCGAGAUCGUAGAUGCAGAGUCAGAGAUCGAAGAUGAAGAGUCAGAGAUCGUAGAUGCAGAGUCAGAGAUCGAAGAUGAAGAGUCAGAGAUCGUAGAUGCAGAGUCUGAAAGCAUGACGGUAGAGGACGGGCGAAAUGAAGCGGGCUGCUUUGAAGUCAGGUCCGACAUCACCCAAAACAAGGUCGGGGAAGCUUUGUCUGCUCUGGACAAGAGAGUAAUUUACAGAGAAAAUGGACACAUCCCAAAUGAAAUGCAUCUUUAUGAGGAGGAAGAUUUCCAAAGCGAGGAGAUUGUUCCACGUGAGCUUCCGAAAGUUCCGGGAGACGGAGGUUCGCUCGUUUUUGCGUACGAACCCGAAAACGAUCCGGCGAGCCACGACAGCGCUUCGGCGGAGUCCGACUCGGACGACGAGGUGGAGCUGUACAUGCACUGCCUCAGGGCCGUGCACCUCGGGGGGGACAGGAACAAGGACACGGCUUCAGGCGAGGGAAAAUCAAGGCCCUCCGGAGGCAGAGGCAAACUGCUGACCGCACCCAUGCCGUCCAUCAGCGAGUCUCAGGAUGAAGAACACUUCCCCGGGCACCUUCUGGACACUCCUGAGGACAUGGAGACGGCAGACGUCCAACCCACAGCUGCAGCGUCAAAUGGACAGGAGAGCACCGAGAGCGGUGUUUCAUGGUGGAAAGAGACUUUUUCCUGCAGCAAUAUCUCACAAACAUUGUUAUACGCCAUCUUGUUAGUGGUAUUUUUAGUUGUGGCCCACCGUUAUGAUUUUCUUGCCUGUUUUGGGCUCUACUUGAUAUCCGUGGUUUGCCUCUACUGUCAAGGAGAGAGGCAGCCGAAGCAACCAAGAAAACAACACGAGAGGUUGAAUUAAACCGUAAACUGUCACGCUAUCAUCCCGUCAGUUGAUCAGUUCCCUUCAUCUGAAGGUAUUUGAACAAGAUCUAUUAGUAAUGGUCUAAAUAGAAGGAAAAAAAACAUACAAAAGUGAAUGACAAUGGGCAUUAAUUUAAAAUAAAUAUGACACAUCAGAAUAAAUGCUGUAUUUAUGCUAACUUUAUUUUUUUCUUCAUUUUCUUUAUUCUUUACUGUACAUAAGACUCAGACAACAGGCUGCAGACCAUUUCUCACAAUGAUCAGCUCUACAGAACGUUAACACACCAGUCAGUGUGUCGUGUGUAUGGAUGCCACUUGUAGAUCAAUGUGUAUUUGUAGGGUUGUUGGAAAAAUAACUAUUUCAACAGGACUGUGACCGUACAAAUCACAGGAUGUUGGACUUUUAUGGUAUGAAGGUCUUGCUGGGAGGGAGAGGAGGGGCACCAGGAAGUCCAAAUACCGAUCAGUAUUCUUCUUCACUCACUGAUAAGAAGUUGAUCACAGGUCCUUCUAAGAGAGGAGAACUCAUCUGCUUAUCUGGAGCCUUUUCACAAAGACAAUGGAGGCCCUGUUUAUGGAGAGGAUAAGAAACUGCUUUGGGCCGGUUCGGACCUCAUGCCUUCCUGUUGCUGUCCGAGAGGCUCAGAGAAUCAUCCAUCAGCAGCAACUUGGAAAUAUGACUUGUGCGUGAUUUCAACUCUGCUCCUUCUUGCCAGAAUAAAUUGCCUGAAUGAUGAUUUUA